UCGUUUUCACGAGGACUGUGGGAAAUGUGUAUCGAUGACCCAGAUAUGAGAGAAUGCGUCUCGUUUUCUGAUAUGGACCGUAUUAUCCAUGACCAUGUUCCUAAGUUUGUACUAGCGACGAGAGGUUUAAUGAUAUCAAGCAUCAUCUUACAUGCCAUGUGUCUAUUACUGGCUAUCCGGUUUGGAUGUGUUCAACAUAUAAGUAUACGCUCAGCCAUAGUUUGUAUCGUUCUACUUAUUGUAGGAUGUAUUCUUCUCCUAACGGCGAUGAUUGUAUACGGGGUUAAUAGUUCAAAUUCACUGGUUACUCGCGGUGCCGCGUUCUAUCUACCACUAGUGUCAACAUCAUUAGCAAUUUUGAGUGCGUAUUCGAUUGUUAGAGCAAAACGAGCACUAGAGGAAAACCGUAAUGGAUAUAUAGCUGUGCAAUAAUUCUUAACACAUUUGUGAUUUGAUCAGAGCUUAUGAAGUACAACAUUAUUGACAGAAAACGGUAAUAUAAAUUUAGGACAGCAGGUGGCGAUCCCCCUAUCUUUUACCGCUUGCCUCAUACAAUGACCAUUAUUAAGGGAUAUACUAGUUUGAGGCUUCCUGUCAGUCUGGCAACCUGUUUAUCUGGCUGACUGAGUGUUCUUAUUCUUAUUCUUCAUCAUCUGCACAACCGUUUUACAACACUUGAAGGGAAUAAUGAUGUUUACUUGUACAGAUUGUAAGGCAUUUAUCUUGACUCAUAAAUGAUAUUUACCUUUAAGAUUAAUUGCAUAAAUUUUGCUCAAAUGUGCUUAUAGUGAUGGUUUGUUAUUAAUGGAUGUAUUAUAUUCAUACCAUAUUUGAGCAAUCCAAAUUUAACAUUGACCUUUAAAUACUUGACCUUUUUGAAUUGUUGACCAUUGUUUUUUAUGUUAGUAGGACUUUGAUUGUAUCCAAAACGUUACUUAUUUGCCAAUUACCGGAACCAUUCUUUCAUCUGUUUUGAUAAUAAGCACAGUUAUAUUGAAUAAGCAUUUGUUUCGAAGUCAAAUACUACUUUGUUUACAGUGUUCUACUUUUAUGACAAAUUAUUUCACUUUAUACUUUUUCAGGAAACAAUCAUCUUACAUUUCUCUUAAACUACCAAUUAAAAAUUAUAAAAUUCAUAUUUGCACUUUCUAAAGAUGUAAACAUUUACUGGUUUCUGACGUAUACUGUGCCUUUAAAGCAUCUGUUGCCUCUUUUCUAUUAGCGUCUGUGUUAUACGCUAAAUCCCUUAAUUCAUUUUGUCAAAUGUAGCCACUUCACUUAAUACAUAUUCGGCGCAUCUGUCAGGACAAACAGAGGCGCUUCCCUUAUUUUUCUUUCCUGCGUUUGAAUAAAGGGUAUGAGUAAUUGUGUAACUGGACAUAUUUUGUGUAGAAUACAAACACGAACAGUAGUCAGUUUAAUUAAUUAUUGGCAUAUGCUAGACUUUAAGAUUAUUCAAAAAUGCAUAAUGUGUCAUUGCUACUUCGCUCCGCAACUAGUUAAUAACACAUGAAAGAUGACACGUAUUUUUUAAGAAUACGUUACAGUUUUUCCUUUUACGUACUUCAUUACUCAGUCUGUAUAAAUACUUUUUUAGCCUUCCACGGCCAUGUUUCACCUACCAACUACAUGAAUUAACGCAACAUAAAUUUAAAGUCCAAUUUUGUUUUAAUUGUUAAAAUACUUAUAAACUAAAUAACUUAUUGGCCCAUGCUGAAACUAAAUCUAGAGUAAUAUACUGAAAAUCUAUACAAAAAAUACAAAACAAAACAAAAAUUAUAGAAUUUUAACGUAAGGAAAGAAAGUUUGAAUUACUUUAUGAAAGAGGUGGAAGUGACUUUGCCCUUUGAAAGAUAAAAGCUAUCUAAUUAUCCGUGAACACAAGCAAUGAGAUUGGCAAAACAUCUGACUGAUUUAAGCUGUCGAAACAUCUCAUGGUAGAAUACAGAGAAUAUAAGGAUAUUUUCAAACUGAUCCAUUAUUAAAGAAAGCAUUAUCAAUAAAUAAGAAAAGACAUGAAAGCGUAACAUAAAAUCGUUAAUCUUGAAAUUACCCAAACUUUUAGAGGGCCAAAUUUACACUCAUUAUGUUAUGGCCUAUACAGCAUCUGGAAAAAAACAUUAUCAUCAGUUGAAAUUUAGAGAGAAAUAACUUUAUGGAAUAAAAAAUAAAAUUGUUUAAUAAACAAUCAAAAUCUGCCACAAUACCACAACGCCUCUAAAUUUUGAAACACAACUUGUAGUUCUCAGGAAUAAGCAAACACUAUUUACUAAAGAUUUGAAUUCAUUUUAUCUUUAUCUAGAAUAAAUAUCAUGUAACAGCAAAUGAUAAAAAUCUACAACAGUCUUGAGUUGGAUAAAAUGUGACCUAUAAACAAAGGUAUUUGGGGCAUUUUACAAGAAUAAUAUAUAAAUAACACAUGGGUUUGUGGGUAACAGUAAAAAUAUCAUCCCGAGGAAAAUACUGUUACCCGAGGCGUAGCCGAGGGUAACAGUAUUUUUACGAGGGAUGAUAUUUUUACUGUUACUCACAAACCCAUGUGUUAUUUAUUUUAUUACCCCGAACAAAAAUACUGUGAUGAUCUGAAAUUGUCAACUAAAUCUAACUGUAACAAAAAUAAACCAAGAGUAACAAUAACUAAACUGUCCUUACCUUUUAAGUUUUAAGUGUACUUUAGGCCUACUUGAGAAGUUUUCUUUUUCUUUUAUUCUUUAAGCAAGUGAUGAUAUCUACAAAUCAUAAACAUACAAUAAGCUAGGUUUUAUUUAGAAAACAAAACACUAACCCAUUUACACGGUUAUGAUCUGUGAAAUCUGAUCCUUCUGUUUCCAGAAUAUUCUUAGCAUGGUUUUUGACAAAAUAACGAUGAUAUCCUAUGUCUGUCCACCAUAUCUGUAACGUUUCACUGAUUAAAAUUGUUAAAUAA